AUGACUAAAAAGAGUAAGAGUAAAGAUGGACAAAGGGCUAGGAAUUUCUCCGGAUACAUAUUAUUCAUUGAAGAGUUUUAUGAGCAGAACAAGAAGAAGUUUAAGUCUUUUGAAGAGGGCACUAACUCUGUGAAAAAGGCUUGGGGAAACUUAACAGAAGAGGAGAAAGAACAAUAUGGUGAAAGGGCUAAAGAAAUGAGAGUCCCACCAAAAGGGAAGAAUUAUAUUGUUCCCUUUCACACACGCUGUGCUCCGGGACAAUUUAUGGAAGUCUGCAAGCAAUUAAAGAAAAGUAAAGAUAAGAUGGAAAGACUGAAAAGAAUUGGUUUUGAUAAAUUGGUUGACAUAUGCUGCUCACAGAUCUAUAGAGAUUUUUGUGGUGAAUUGAUCCGUGUGUUUGACCCUGUAAGUAGGCAAAUUUCAAUUCGAGGGAAGACGCAUUUAGUGGGGCCCGAAGAUGUAAAUGAAUUGAUGGGUCUACCAUUUAAGGGGGAAGAUAUUAAAAUAAAUGUGGAGAAUGAAGAUGAAACGUUCAAGAAAUUAAGGAGUGACUACGGGAAAGUGCCAUACAAAACAAUAGGAACAUGGUUGAUUGAAGGAAAAGAGGAAGAAAAGUUUGAAUUCCUUUUUGUUAUGUAUGCACUAGGAGUCCUCUUGUGUCCUGCCUCUAGUGUAUGGGUGAGUGAUAAAGUGUUGAAAGUCAUGGUGGUGACAAAGGAUAGUUUAGGACACUAUGAUUGGAGCAGCUUAGUUUUGAAAGAAUUCUGCAACUCAAUUGCAGAGUUCAAGAAAGGAAAGAAGAAAGGAAAAGCUGAUGGGACGAAAAAUGUGGGAGGUUGCAUGUACUUCCUAAUGAUUUAUUGCCUACAACACUUUCCUCUCGGAAAAGAAAAGGCGGCAAAAAAUGAAAAUGCCAUUACUUAUUGGGAUGAGGAAAAAGUGAAGGCAAGAGUGAAAUUAGAAAAGAAUAGCGACAGAGGCAUACUGCAUGGCAUUCCAAGUGUCGGUGGGGCUUCAAUAAGUGCAUCCAACACAGGAAUAAAGCUAACCCACCUUGAAAUCAAGAGAACGUAUGAAAGGUUGAUGACCAUGGUUGAAGGGUUGGUGUCGACAAUUGGAGAAGAGUUGGUUUCCCUGCAAUUGAGGUUGACGGAUGAGAUUGACAAGGAAGAUGUGGUGGAAGCAGUAAGUAGCGAAGAUGAUAGAGAGAAGGCAACUGAAGAUGAAGAAACCGGUGAAGAAGGUAAAGGAAGCCCAAAAGAUUCAAUUCUGUCACAAGAGGAACAACAGAGUGAACCAGAAGGAGAUGAUAAAGAAGAGGGCAAAAGUGCUUCGCGUGAAGAAGAGAGUCAAUCUCAACCUGAGGAGAAAGGAGAAGGGAGUCACUCUGGAUCAGAGGAUGAUGGAGAAGAAAAAACACAAGACAAGUCUAGUGAUGCAGCAGCAGAAGAGGAUAAGGGUGUAGGCGAUGAAAUGGAGGAAAAGGAUGAAAUGGACCAGCAAGCACAAGGGCAAAUGGAUGUAAGAAGAUCAACACGGGUGAGAAGCCGUGCAAUCAAAUCUCCCUGGUUAGAGGAGGUGAAAAAAGGCCGUGGCAAGAGAAAAGCUGACGAGAAAGAGGAAUUAUUCCAGAUGUGCACGAGAAGAUGUGAUCAAGAUGAAGGUGCCAAGUACAUUGUAGAGAUGUAUGGGUACUUCUUGACACGUGCUGAGCUUUGCUGCCUACAAGACAGGAAAUGGAUGAACGACAGGUUCAUGUCUAUGGUGGCGAGAACCUUGGUGGGAGAUGAAAAAGAGAACCACGGUCGUGUCAGUAGGCACAUUUUUUCACCCGAGUUAAUGCAAACAAUGGCCGCUAAUCCUCUUAGGUGGAGCCUGGAAAAACAUGAACAUGAAAUCUUACCGGAGCACAUAGGAUAUAACAUUGGAGACUGUGACUUCAUAUUUGGCCCCACCCUUUUCAAUUACCAUUGGUUCUGUUACGUGAUGGAUGUAAGAACCAUGCGUUUCUAUGCCCUUGACUCGUUGGUGGACAAUUUGACGAUGUUGAGAUUACAAAGAGAGGAAGAAGAAGCAAUGAAAACAGGGAAGAAACCACAAAGGAAGCAAGGGAAGAAGAGAGGACAGAUAGAUCCUAAGCAAUUCAUGGCGAGAGGGAUUAGAGAUUGUUUCUGCCAAGUGCUUCGUGUGCUGAAGCCAUCACUGUUUGCGGAGGAGGAGCUAAUGGACUCUUGUGGGGUGCAUGUGUUGAGCUGGUUACAAACAUGGGACGACACUGAGUAUGGUGAUGACGGCUACACAAUGCCUAAGUACUCCCCUGAAGAAAUCCAUGACUUGAAGGUUGGAUGCUUGUGGUGGCUCGUGACUCAUCGGAACAACCUGCAUGGCGAUGAAGUGUUGUCUUUGCUGCGAGGAAACCCCCAAAGCAAGAGGAAGAAAUAA